UUCCUCACAGCAGGGAGAGGCGAGGGGUGCACAGACAGAAGAGGGGUCCCAUUCGCCAUGAAUGUCCAUCCUUCGUCUGGGGCAGCGGGGGAGAACGUGAGGUCACCACAUGGAUCGUGCCCUUUAUUUUUCAUUAAUAUGAAUCCAUAAUAGUUGUACCUAUUUAUAGGGUACAUGCGAUGUUUUGAUAUAAGUAUACAAAGUGUAAUGAUAAUUGGAGUAUCCAUCACCUCAAGCAUUUACUUCUUUGUGUUAGGAACAUUCUAAUUCCACUCUUUAGUUAUUUAAAAAUAUACAAUAUGUUAUCAUUCACUAUAGACGCCCUAUUGUGCUACCGGAUGCUAGAUCCUAUUCCUUAUACCUAUUUUUGUAUCCCAUAACCACCCCUCUUUACCGCCCCCCACUACUCUUCCCGGCCUCAGGUAACCAUCAUUCUACUAUCUCCAUCGGCCUUACUCUUAAAGUUUCCAAAAUUCAGCUGUGAUGUCCCUGCUUCAGAAUGCCUGACCCCAGGACAUGACUCUUUUUAUGCCCAGCGCCUAAGCGCCAGAAGAGCCAGGUGGGUGGCUCGGACCUGCCAGGCCUGGGCUCAGCGACAGACGCGAAUUUCCACCAGGGGGCGCGAAGACUCCGCGACCUUUCACUAUGUCCACCAGGAGGCGCUGCCGCCCGCCUCUGCACUCCGGAGCUGGGAAAUCCGACUCCGGGAUGAGCCCCGCCUGAUUGGGAGAGGCACUGCGAAGCUAUUUGCAUAAUCUUGAAAGGGAAGCACUGAGUGGGUGAGGUAGAGAAGCCGAAUGUGAAACAGGCUCUUUCAUUGGCUUAAAUUUCCCCUCGUUCUGCGGCCCCAUCCCGGCCAGACUGGACCCCGAGGUCAGUCGGAAGCCGCUGGCUAGUGGCGAGAGAGGACGCAGGUGUCCGGACAGUGGACGCGGUGACGUGAGGGCCGGGCCGGGGUGCUGGGGGCCAGGUUGGGAGACUGUUUACUUCGCCCUGACUCCGCCUCGUUUGCUCAUUGGCCUGUCCAGGAGUUGGAGAUGUGCACCUAGAGAGGCCCAUCUGGGUACACAUCCGGCACUGCGACCCUUGACACCUGCCUCUCCACCCACCCACUAAGGUCCUCGCUACCCUGGCGCCACCACGCUGCCUUGAGAGUCGCUCAAAAGUGGGGCCCCAGGGCUUGGAUAAGCAUGGGCACCGAGAACGAAAGCCCAGAGCCGGACUGCCAGACCCAGUUCCAGGCUGCAGUCAGCGUCAUUCAGAACCUACCUAAGAACGGCACUUACCGGCCCUCCUAUGAAGAGAUGCUGCGAUUCUACAGCUACUACAAGCAGGCUACCAUGGGGCCCUGCCUGGUCCCCCGGCCUGGGUUCUGGGACCCCAUCGGACGAUAUAAGUGGGAUGCCUGGAACAGCCUGGGCAAGAUGAGCAGGGAGGAGGCCAUGUCCGCCUACAUCACUGAGAUGAAGCUGGUGGCACAGAAGGUGAUCGACACAGUGCCCCUGGGCGAGGUGGCAGAAGACAUGUUUGAUUACUUCGAGCCCCUGUACCAGGUGAUCCCUGACAUGCCAAGGCCCCCAGAGACCUUCCUGAAAAGGGUCACAGGUUGCAAAAAGCAGGUACUGAAUGGAGAUGUUGGGGCUGUUCGAGAGCCUCCCUGCCUGCCCAAGGAACCAGUACCCCCAAGCCCAGAGUCCCAGCCACCCAAGGACCCAGACUCUGAGGUUUUCUGUGAUUCCCUGGAGCAGCUGGAGCCUGAGCUGGUUUGGACAGAACAGAGGGGAGCCCCUGGAAGAGAGCCUGACACGAGGAACAGCCCCGUGCCCCCUGCACAGAAGGAAGGGUUGGGAGGCAGUCUGCUGGGCUCCCAGGAAUUGGACACAUGGCUGGUGGGGACAGUUCAGGCACUACAGGAGAGCAUGCGGAAUGUACAGAGGAGACUGCAGAGCUUGGAGAGCAUGCCCCGGCCCCCUAAGCAGCAGAGGCCAGGGCCCAGUGCUCGGCCUUGGCCCCUCAGGCUCUCGGGUCCCACGCUGCUCUUCCUCCUCCUGUGGCCCUUCGUCGUCCAGUGGCUCUUUCGGACUCGGAAGAGGUGACUCUCGAUGAAGGGGUCUCUACAGCCGACGGAGGAGGCUGGGAGCCUCAGUCUUGCUGGCCCGGGGUUUCGGAGAACAGCAUUAAGAAUCCCUCCUCCCACCGUUGUCUGCCUUGGAAACCGCCCCCCCCGUGGGGGUGCCAGAUAAGACCCCGCCCUUCCCUGCUGUUUCGCAAGGACCCUUCCUCGCCUCCCCCAGCCACCCGGGCUCUCCGGGAGGCUGCACCGUGGGGCACAUCCUGGGUUCGGGGUUGGCCUUGACGCGGGGGCGGGGCUGCCUGGUCUCAGCCCUUGCCCUCCCCACUCGUUGGGUCAUCUGACUUUCUUCCCACCCUAGCUUCUCCCCGAGGAGGUUCAGCUCUUGGGCAAGUUGGGACUUGGGCCGGGGCCUGGGAGGCUGAUUGGCGGUAGGCGCAGGAGGGAGGCCAGGAGGCCGGGGAGUUGGCAGGAGAGGCAGGCCCCGCGGGAGCGGGGUGAGCACCGCUUUGCUCGCCUCCCUCCCUGGCGGCCUCCUCCCCCGACACACUCAGGACGUCUUCACCGAAGAUUCACUUUACAAAUGAAUGUUUCAUUAAAUAAAAUAAAAUCAU